AUGCCCGCACCAUUGACGGAACGCAAGGCCGCUACAGACCCUACCAAGGUCUUCCACUACACGGACUUGCAGCGCAAGAAGCCUACCCGAGAGAACGAUCCAUACACAUACAUGCACGGCUGGAACAACAGACAUCAAUCUGAGGUUAUCCCUGGUACCUUGCCAGUAGCCCAGAACAAUCCACAGGAAGUCCGCUUCGGCCUGUACACCGAGGGCAUCACGUACAGUGCAUUCGCCGCACCGCGUGCUCACAACUAUAGCACCUACAUGUACCGCGUGCGACCUGCAGCAGCUCACAGUAUGCGAUUCUCCAGUCUCCUCAACCCCAAAGUCGAGACCCUACCCGAACAAGCAGAAUGGGGACCUUUCCCUCUCCCUCAGGACUCGGAAAAGAUAGAUUUUGUCGAUGGCCUACACACUCUGGGUGGCUCUGGCGAUCCCAAUCUGAGAGAAGGCAUGGCUCUGUACGUCUAUGCCAUCAAUGCAUCCAUGGAAAAGAGAGCAUUCUGCAACACAGAUGGUGACUUUCUCAUCUGCGCUCAGCAAGGGAAUCUAGACAUCCAAACUGAGUUUGGAAUGAUAUUCUUGCAGCCGGGAGAGAUUUGUGUCAUUCAGAGAGGUGUGAGAUUCAGGAUUGCUCUUGGGCCUGGAGUGCAAAAGGCCAGAGGUUAUAUCACAGAGGUGUGGGGUAGUAUGUGGGAGUUGCCUGAUCUGGGCCCUUUGGGUGGUCAUGGUCUUGCCAAUCCCAGAGACUUCUUGUACCCUAUUGCUCACAUUGAUGAUGAGCUGAGUGGAGACUGGGAAGUCGUCAACAAGAACAAUGGAAGGUACAACUGCCUGGAGCAGGACCACAGCCCCUUUGACUUGGUCGCUUGGCAUGGCAAUGUCGUUCCCUACAAGGUACAUCUAUUUCUUCUCUGGCAUCAUUGCGUAUCCUCGCUAACACGAUCUUCAGNNUAUGACCUGACCAAGUUUGCCUCGCAAAACGCAACCAGCAUCGACCACACAGACCCCUCGGUCAACACCGUUCUCACCGCCAAGUCUCGCGACCCCAACACCCCUCUCGCCGACUUCCUCUGGUUCGGCCCAAGAUGGGAUGUAGCAUCCAACACCUUCCGCCUGCCCUACUUCCACAGAAACUCCGCUUCGGAAUUUCUGGCCUGUUUAUACGGCGAAGGCCUUGGCAGAAGCGACGAUUUCCAACCCGGCGGCGGCAGUUUCGAGGGAGGCCACACACCACAUGGUGGGUUUUCAGAUGCCUACGUGGAUGAAAUGCGCAUUCAGCAGAGCGAGCCGAGGAAGAUUUUGGAGGGCCAGAUGACCAUCAUGGUGGAGAGUUCGAGGACUUUUCUGUGGACCGAGUAUGCGAGGGUUGGGUGUGGUACUAUCAAUACGCGUGGCACGGAUCCCAAGGUUUGGGAUACUUUGCCCGAUCGCUUCUCUGACAAUCCCGAGGCCAAAGCCUUGCUGAAGAGGGUCAAGGAAGAUAAGAAGUUGAUGGAGGAGAGGAGCAAGAUUUACUAUGAUGAUGCAGCGCUCAAGGAGUUGCUGCAAGGCAAGACGAACGGUCACUGA